AUGGGUAGUUGUAAUGGUAAAUACGAACAAAUAUUAGGAGAACUAAAGGAUGAACUGAAGAACCAUGCAAAGAGUAAAGCGAUGGUGAAUAACAUUUUGAAUGCCUGGAUAUAUAUAAGUAACAAAAAGAAUUAUGUACAAGGUACUUUUUGUGAAUUAUUUUACUAUUGGUUAGGAGAUUUAAUAUCAAAAGAUGUAAAUACAAGCACCUCUAGUUCAUUCUCGAAGACUAUGCAAAAUGUUUAUGGAAUUCUAAAGAAUUGUAGUAAUAUAGAUAAGUGUAAAAAUAAAUACCCGGGUAUUGACACGGGUAAUUUCGAGCGGAUGAAAGAAUUGUAUGAUUAUAAGUAUUAUUAUCGUGAAUGGAAAAGUAAUCGAAAGAGCUGUUCGCUAUUAAUGGAGGAGGUCACAGAGCUCAGGAUCCAGUAA